AUGACCACUUCAACUACUUCAAAAAUUCCAAUUGUAUAUCAUCCAGGUUAUAAUAUUGCAUUUUGGUCAUUGGAAAAGAUCCAUCCAUUUGAUACACAAAAAUUUAAAAGAAUUCAUAAAAUUUUGAUUUCGUCAAGUCAUCAAAAUCUAACACAAUCUUCAUUCUAUGAACCAUUACCACCAACACAAGAAGACUUGGAAAAUGUCCACUCGUCAAGAUACUUGGAAUCGUUGAACAGUAAUGCCCACUUGCAAAAAAUUCUAGAACUACCAAUUGUAGCAGUUUUACCACAACAGUUAUUGAAAAAAAAAGUUUUAGACCCAAUGUUAUUACAAACUGGCGGCAGUGCUUUGGCAGCCGAGUUGGCAUUGAAGUAUGGAUGGGCUAUUAACUUGGGUGGUGGAUUUCAUCAUGCUCAUUAUGAUGGCGGUGGUGGAUUUUGUGUUUAUGCUGACAUAAGUUUAAUGGUUGAAAGAACUUUAAGUAAACAUCCAGAUCAGGUUUCUAGAAUUAUGAUUAUUGAUCUAGAUGCUCAUCAGGGAAAUGGAUAUGAAAGAGAUUUAGCAAACAACGAUAAAGUUCAUAUAGUAGAUGCAUUCAACGCACAAAUUUAUCCACAAGAUAACGAUGCAUUCUCAUCAGUAACCACACCAAUUCCAUUAACGACCCCAGAUCUUAAAUCCGACUUGAAAUACCUCCCACUAAUCCAAUCACAAAUAUUCCAAUCAUUCCACAAAUUUCAUCCAAACUUUAUCAUUUACAAUGCCGGAACUGAUUGCCUAGAAGGUGAUCCGUUGGGUUGUAUGGAUUUGAGCAGUGACGGAAUAAUAAAACGUGACGAAAUGGUGUUCAGAAUGGCUUUUGAUCAUGAUGUACCCAUUGUUAUGGUGUUAAGCGGUGGUUAUCAAAAAAAAAAUGCUGAUAUUAUUUCAUCAAGAGAAGUUGUAAAGGUUAUAUAG